AUGAUACCUGUAGCUGCAAAUGAUGUUGCUUUCUCUGUUCAUGCCGCUUUUGUAACAUCAAUUAUCCUUCUCCAAAUUGCAAUCUAUGAACGAGGAAGUCAGAAAGUAUCCAAGAUUGCCAUUGGAAUCGUCUUUGGUGUGUGGCUAUUUGCUGCAGUUUGGUUCUUGGUCUGCCAACUCAUUCUUGGCUUUGGCUCAUCUCAAUCUUCAAGUAUAUAUAUAAGAUACAGUUACCUUUCAUUUUUGUGCAUUUGCAGUAUCAUUUUAGUACUGUCAGUGGCAAUUAUGACAAAAUUUAGUUUUUGCUGCAGAGUUACACGAUCAUGAUCUAGGAGCAUGGAAUUAAUUGAAUAAAUGUAUCAUAAGAUUGGUUUGUAUGGAAUCCCUUUCUAACUUCAGUUAAUUUGAUUAUGCUGCAGCUCAAUUCAAGUUUUUAUGACAGUCAUCAAAUAUACUCCCCAGGUUUAGUACUCUCCCUUAAAUAUAUAGUUCAUGACGGUGUCAUUGAGAGGCUAUAUACGUUAGUUUCCUAGAUAUAUAAUCCCGACUUGACAUAGAAACUAUAGUCUAUAUAUAGUACUAUGUCAAGUCGUGCAUGGUAAAUUGUUUGAUGAUAUAUAGGAUGAUGCCAUUGGCGCCCUGUAAGUUAAAAACCAUGACUAAAUAAAACCUUCGUAUCCAUUAUCCAUCUGAAAAAAUAAGCCUUUUAUAAGGAACUCAAUGAAUGUAAGCCAUGAAAACGGCCUCAUUCACAAAACCCUGGAUCUGCCAACUGCUGAACUGGCCAUCACCUCUACCCAUGCAAAAUUACAAACCAACAAAGCCAAAACUUCAAGGAAAAGACGCCCGGACACAGCCCGGACACGUCACCAACUGGGGCCCACCUGAGAGUCAAACAAAGAAAAUAACCACCCCAAACACCAAUUCUUCUUUAUUCAACCUCUCAUUCCGGCAGAGUGGGAAUUCCAAAUUUGCAGAGAGAAAUCAAAAAUGGCGUCUUGGAAUUCAGUCCCACUCGAAAUCACAUACCAAGUUCUGGGUUGGUUGGCCUUCAUUUCAUGGUCCAUCAGCUUUUACCCACAAGUCAUCUUAAAUUUUCGCAGAAAAAGUGUUAUUGGGUUGAACUUCGAUUUCGUGCUACUGAAUUUGACCAAGCAUUCGUCGUAUCUCAUUUACAACGCCACUCUCUACUUCAGCUCCGCCGUUCAAAAACAGUACUUGGAGAAAUAUGGACUCGGAGAGGAGAUGUCUUAGAACUAGAAGUACUCAUUGCUUUUGUAUGUGGGAAGAAUGCAGAUGAUACCGGUGCAGCGAAUGAUGUUGCGUUUUCUAUUCAUGCUAUUUUGCUGACAGCAAUUACCUUGUUCCAGGUUGUGAUAUACGAACGUGGAAGUCAGAAGGUGUCCAGGAUUUCCAUUGGAAUUGUUGCUGCCGUUUGGUUAGGUGCUGCAGUUUGUUUCUUCGUAGCUUUGCCAACCCAUUCUUGGCUCUGGCUCAUUUCCAUUUUCAACUCAAUUCAAGUUUUUAUGACAGCCAUCAAAUAUAUUCCUCAGGCAAUCUUCAACUUCACGCGGAAGAGUACAGUUGGGUUUAGCAUUGGCAACAUUUUACUCGACUUUUCUGGAGGGGUGGCAAAUUAUGCACAAAUGGGUGUGCAGUCCAUAGAUCAAGGUUCUUGGGUGAACUUUUAUGGAAAUAUGGGGAAGACAUUGCUGUCUUUGAUAUCAAUCUUCUUUGACCUUCUCUUCAUGGGUCAGCAUUUCGUACUGUAUCCUGCCAAGGGAGCAACAAUCUCUUCUAAAAUAAGCAAGGAGGAGAGCGCGGAGCCACUCGUUAAGUCGUCUGAUGACCCAGUAUCUGAAAAUUUAUGAAGCCUCUGGUUGCUCAAUACAUAAGAUACAUGUACUGAUAUUAGCAUACAUCAUUUAUGUAGGAUAGGAAUUGGUCAACUACGUAGGUAUAUCCGUAUAUGUAUAUGUUCUUGUACUUUGGCCAGAGGAUGUUGUUUUACUUUCUGUACAGAAACGCUUAUUUGGAUUGAGAGUAAUGAAAGUCAUGCAGAACUAUUAUUCCAAA